CUUCUCUUUUUUUCUCCUUCGCCCUCCAAAUCCAUUUACUCAUUUACCACUUCAUUUUAGAAAGCAACACAACGCAGCAAUAACAAAAUGGAGUCUAUCAUUACAUCGCAGGCCAAAGACAUUGGUAAGCUCGAGCGCACUGGCGCCCACUCGCAUAUCCGCGGACUCGGUCUGGACGACAAACUCGAGGGCCGUGCCAACAGCCAAGGCAUGGUCGGGCAGCUCAAGGCGCGGCGCGCUGCGGGUGUUAUUGUAAAGGUCAUCAAGCAGGGUAAGAUCUCGGGACGCGCCAUCAUGAUGGCUGGUGCCCCUGGAACUGGAAAGACCGCCAUUGCCAUGGCCAUGUCGCAGGAGCUUGGCGACGUUCCAUUUACAUCGAUUGCCUCGUCGGAAGUCUUUUCCCUCGAAAUGUCAAAGACUGAGUCGCUCACACAGGCAUUCAGGCGGUCUAUUGGCGUUCGCAUUAAGGAGGAGACCGAGAUUAUCGAGGGUGAGGUCGUGGAGAUUCAGAUCGACCGCUCGGUCACUGGCGUCGGCCCAAAGACAGGAAAGCUCACGCUGAAGACAACAGACAUGGAGACCAUUUACGAUUUGGGCCAAAAGAUGAUCACAUCGCUGACCAAGGAGAAGGUCAUGGCCGGUGAUGUUAUUCAGAUUGACAAGGCGACUGGGCGCAUCACACGUCUCGGCCGCUCGUUUACUCGCGCACGUGACUUUGAUGCUACUGGCGCCGAUGUCAAGUUUGUUCAGUGCCCCGAGGGAGAGCUGCAGACCCGCAAGGAGAUGGUGCACACAGUCUCGCUGCACGAGAUUGACGUCAUCAACAGCCGUCAGCAGGGAUACCUGGCGCUCUUCUCGGGUGAUACAGGAGAAAUUAAGCCCGAGGUUCGCGACCAGAUUAACCAAAAAAUCUCCGAGUGGUGCGAAGAGGGAAAGGCCGAGAUUGUUCCCGGAGUUUUGUUCAUUGAUGAGAUCCAUAUUUUGGAUAUGGAGUGCUUCUCGUUCCUUAACCGAGCGCUCGAGGAUGCCAUGGCACCCGUCGUCAUUAUGGCGUCGAACCGCGGCAUGUCUCGCAUUCGUGGAACCAAUUACCAGUCGCCCCACGGCGUGCCAAUUGACUUCCUGGACCGCCUGCUCAUCAUUUCGACCCAGGCGUACAGCGCGGAUGAAAUCAAGCAGAUCCUGAAGAUCCGGUGCGAUGAAGAGGAGGUUGAAAUGACAGAAGACGCGCUGGCUGUGCUGACAAAGGUUGCGGCUGAGACGUCGCUGCGCUACGCAAUCCACUUGAUUUCUACCGGUCUUCUUGUUGCCCAGAAGCGCCAGUCCUCAAAGGUGGACGUGGUCGAUAUCAAGCGCGUAUACUCGCUGUUCUUGGACGAAGGUCGCUCGAUUCAGUACCUGAAUGACUACCAGAACGAGUUUAUGUACAACGAGAUUGUGCCCGCCCAGUCGAACAGCAUGGUUGUCGAUUAAUUCACUUUAUUCCAGUUUAUAAACAUUAUAUUUGCCUUUGGCUCUGACACAUCGUGUCACUUGAAUAAAUAC